AGGUCUCGUUUUUAUUUAAUUAUUUUACAGGAAAGAAGAAAAAGACAAAAACUUUUUCGGGAAUCGGAGGUUUUGGAGAGAGGAAGAAGAUGAAGAGGACGGUGAUGGACAACGCGAUUCGAUCAUCGGUGGUGGUGUUGGGAUCAUUGGCCUUUGGUUACUUGUCACUGGAACUUGGUUACAAGCCUUUCCUUGAAAAGGCUGAACAAUACGAAAGAUCUCUUCAAUCUUCUCAACAACAUCAACAACAAGAUGAAGAACAAGAAGCGAGGUGGGACAAUAGCAAUGUCGAGGGGUGGGAGGAGAAAAGGUAGUCUUAUAAUCGGUUUCAAUAACAGACCUAUCAAAAUGUGUGAGGAAGAACCUUAUCAAAAUUUUCUUCUUAAUCAACCUUAAGAUCAAUCUGUUAACUAUCCACCAUGGCCCGUUUUUUUUUUUAUCAAUCACUCAAAAUCAUAUCUUAGUAUAGUACCGAUUGCCUUAAUCGAUCUGAAGUUACAAACACAAGUGUUUAAGAACCAUCCUUUAUCAGCAACCUAAAAUAAUCUCUGGUUUGUAAGAAAAUGGCUUAUCUGAUGCAAACCUUGAACAAUUGUGCGCUCCAUUACGAGAUUGUGGUUCUACAUGGUCCCUAAGUAGAUCUGCUUUUACGACGAUUGGCCCUUGCAAAUCACAAACAAAGACCACUGUGACUGCUCUCUCAAUCAAAGUUCAUUGGCUGAAGUUGAAUUGAGGCUGGAAGCAGCAGAGGAAGGAAGCAACAGUGUAUAUGUGAUUAUUAUGAGAUCCAUCCUCUCUUACACUGCUAGUACUUGGUUUUAGAGUUGGACCAAAUCAUUAAUUUUGUUUUUGUCUUUAAAUCAGUAGUUGUACAAAAGCAUUAUAACAAUUAAAGGUACUAAUUUGAUCUUGGCCGGUACGCAACCUUUUCUCGGUUCUCA